CUACGAGGAAAGCUUCGUUGUAGAGCUUAUUACAUAGGUAGACUUGAGUCACUACAAAGCUUAUCUCCCAUCUAUAUUACUGCACCUCCCAGCUUUCAAACGUUCGGACGCGGAAAACAGCAGCACAGGGGAAUAGCAGGGGUUCAAGUCGAAUGAGUACCUAUCGAUGAGCUCCCCGCAGCCCUCCCACGACCUCUUCUUCACUGUUUGUCUGCACACACACACCUCCUCCCUUGUGACCUCUUCUCAAACAUCACGCAGCGCCCUCUUUUAUAGUACUCACAGAGCACCCGUUAUGUCUCUCCCCCAUGGAAAACGCACACCUCACCAAAGCCCAUGAGCACGCCCGCUCCGCCGCCGCGGCCACCUACGGGAGCAGCAUCACCGCAGCCGGCGAAGCGCACGCGCUUGCUGCCGUCUCCUUCCACGAAGCAGCUAGGGACACGCAUGAUACGGAGGCCCUCCGCAUCCUCGCGCUCCUCGAAGACCACCACCGCAAACUUGCCCGUCUGAUCAAAGAGCCUCCACGCAGGAAGGAGAAGAGCAGUGAUGAAGCCCCUCAAGCUCCGGCAACGGCCACCUCUUCUUCUCCCCCUCCCACGUCAUCCCCCGCAAAGGCCACAUCGUCUACAGCCCAGACCGGUUCUACCACCCGUGUAUCCUCCCGACGGAGACUCCCACAGUCCUCCAUAGCGAGUAAUCUCGCGGAGAUGAGAGGCAUCCCGGGCACGCGUAGGGGUGUGCCAAGCGCAUCCUCGGUCUCCGUGACUACAGCGCUAGCCCAACGCAACGACCGCCAGGCAGGACCGGUACGAGACCUGUUGGAGCAACAAUCGAGAAAGGCACAGGAGGCUACUAAGGAGAAAGACGAGGCUCGAUCCCGCAAAAAGGAGGCCGACGCCGCAACCAAAGAAACCUCUCCUCCACCGACCGACAACUUCCGCCGCUUCUACUCCGCCUUCGGAGGCGUCAUCAACGCCAUCUCCGCCCCUUUAGCAUUCACAUCCCUCCCGUUGAACCCCAGCAGCACCACCGCAGACGCCCGACCCCCUUCACCACCCGCAAAACAACCCCCAUCAAAACCCAAACCCCACUCCCUCGAAUCCUCCCGCACCAUCAAGUCCUCGGAACCGGACCUCUCGGCCCUCAUCUCCAAACCCGCCCUCGCCGCCCUCCGCGACAAUCCCUCGGCCCCGCUCGGCCCCUUCGCCAAAAACGAAUCCUUCUACUUCGUCCCCACCUCGGGCGGUACGCUGCCGUACUCCAAGAUCGUCCGCGACGCCCACCACGCCGCGCAAGACACGCACCUCGACUCCAUCAGCGAGGGCGAUGGCGCUGGCGGAGCAAGUGGCGCGGGAGGCGGUCUCCUCCGCGGCUCCUCGCACGAGGAAUUCGUCGACGCGAGGGAAUCCAUCGGCCCGCCCAGCCCGACGUCCUGGCGGAGACCGCCCUCGUCAAAGGGUACCGGUGGAGGCGCCGCAGGCGCCGUAGGCGCCACCACCACGAUGACGGGAGUCACGACGGCGGCCAACAUCCGCGCGGGCAGGGGCAACGGCCUCAAGACGAUGGAGGAGCUGCAGCUCGAGAACGAGACGUUGAGAGGUCUGAUCGAUAAGCAGGCCAAGCGGCUCCAGAUGUGGGAGACUACGAGCCAGAAUUCGUACAAUGCGCUGGCGCAGUCUUUACGGUUUCGCGGCGGGCUCAGGCAGCAGGUUUCGGAUCCGCAGGUGUUGGCGCAGGCGCUGGCGAUGGGGGCGAAUGGUGGCGUGCCGGGGGUCAUCGGGGGAGCGCCUGAGUGGAGGGAAGGGAAAGCGGAAGGGGGAAGGACGGUGUCGAAUGCCGGGCGCGCGAGGGACAGGGAGAAGGAGAAGGAGAACGAAUCCGGCACGGACAAAGACAAGACUGAUGAUGUCCACGCUGCACGUAUCGCUGAACUCGAAGCUCGUCUCGCCGCCCAGGCUAAACAGCUCGAUACCCUAGAGAAGGAGAAGCAGGAACUUACGCGUCUGAAUGAGAGGAAUGCCGAGGUGAUUAGGAGGUACCGUGAGCAGUGGGAGAGAUUGAAGGCCGGCGCGAGGAAGAAGGAACAGGAGAGGGCGGCGGCGAGGAAGAAGGCUGAAGAGGGGGUGGGGGUGGAAGGUAAGGAGCAAGAAGGGAGUGAAGGGAAAGAGAAAGAGGGGGAGGAAGAUGGACGGGAGGAAGGGGCGAGGGAAGAGAUGGGCGAGGAGGAGACUGAGGUGGAGGAGGGUGUGGGGUUUGGGAAGGCUUAGGAAGUGGUAAAGACGUGUGGAUUGAGUUCGGGAUGUUGGACGUAGAUAUACUCAUUUAUGUGGCCCAGCUGUUGGAUGUGUUAAUUUCACUCUUAAAGGCCUAUUUAUCACCUAUAUGAUUUGCGAUCUGCCAAAGCGCAAGUUAUACUGCUUCUUAUAAUAGAGCUCAAGUUACGGUUCAGUUAUUAGUCCGUAUUACAACAGAGUAUGUAAGACCUGCUCGACAACG